AUGGCCGACCCUCGACAAGAAGCCUUCAAGCUUCUGCGCGAGCCAUGCGUUGAACUGAGCUCGGUUGGAUUACGGUUCCGUGGCGAUCAAGCUACUGCUUCGGAAGUGCUGCAAGCAGUCACUCCCGUCUAUCAAGUUUUGCAAACGCUUGCAUCGAAAAACGCUCUGGAUGGAAAGUUAGCCGAAUAUGCUUUCUUCCCUCUUGCGCAUAUCUUCAAUGAGACAAAGCGGCUGCCAGCACGAUGUCUUGAAGUCACGGUACAGUGCUUGCACAUUCUGGUUGCAAGUGGCUGGCGUGAGCAACUUUCGCCAGCACUGGCGAAGCAACUAGUGAUCUUACUGACCCUCAUCGUGGGAGGAUCUCCAACGAACUCCGAGGGACAUUCAAGCAAGGUGCAGGCCGCCGAAGAGCUGUCUGUUGCAUGCUUUGACUGUCUUCGCGAGAUAUUUGAUGUGCUUCGAGGCCCAGUUGCUGAUCGAACUAUCUUCCAUGAAAUUGGCACGGCAACAGUGGUGGACCAGACAGUAUACAUACUCCUCGAAGCCAUCGUGGACGACAAGUCAGAUGAUCUCUGCAUCUCAAGCGCUCGAUCGCUCAAAUCUCUUUGCGCUCGAAUCACCGACCGUGUGGUUUUGGCAAGCAUCAUGCCGCGCACUAUCUCGGCGAUGGCCAAGGUCAUUCGUCCCACCACGCAGAGUCGGCGUUCAUACAAAUUAUUGCAGUUGUGUCUCGAAAUAUUACAUCAUAUGGUGCGGUCGGUUCUCAACGACCAAGUCGCUUCAAAAGAACCACAGACAUCCAUUGAGACUAGUGGCAGCGAAAAAUUAGUACUCGAUGCUUCAUGGCUGAAGGCUACGACCACGCAAAUCAAACUGGCCCUCGUCAACGUCACUCAAGUUCGUCGCCACCAAAGGCUUGAAGUUCAAGAAUCAUUACUGAACCUAUGCGUCAUGGUGAUUGAAGAUUGUCAGAACACUUUGAAAGAAGCUGUUCCCAUGAUGGCCGAAACCAUUGUGGUGCUGGCGGGUAGCGACCAUGGGGAUUCGAACCAAGCUUACAUGACCAUCUUACAUCUAGCCACUACAUACCCCAUGGUUCUUGAUUCCUUGAAAGAGUCACUUCAUACCUGGCUCACUACCUUCCCAAGAAUAAUGCAAAGCAGUGACGAAACGGCAAAGCAGUGGGGGAUCCGUCAAAUCUCCACGGUGUUUAAAAUCCUGUCUCAACUCCAGUGUGGGUCGGACCUUCUUUCGGAGAGGCUUUCAUCUGGGCUGUGCGACAGCAUGAGUGCUGUUGUCAAGCACGUCGGAAGCUCUGUGCAGCUUGUCUCACCAUCCGUCGGCUUGCACUGGGACGUGAUAGCCUCUGAGUCGCGAUCAUUAAAGUUUCCAUCUAUUCUGCUCGAACAUCAGAGUCAGCAGCAAACUUUGAAAGACAUGUUGCUAUUCAUCAACCAGUUGAACACCUCGGAAUCCGGAAAUGAAGUCACCAGGUCAAUCAUAAAUCGCUUUCAUACUGUUCCGCAAGAAACCUCUUUAGCCCCGUUCUGGUUAGCUUUGAAUGCACUUCGUGCUCAGAGCCAGCAAUCCGCGGAAUUUGAUGACUUCAUUGUUGGGGACGAGUUACAAAAGUCUUGCUCCCUGGCAGAUCGAGGUGGCAUGAUCGAAGAGCUCUACUUUACCUCUUUGACAAUCCUGAAUGAUUUUCCUCCGGACGGAUCCUCUGAUUGGCGAUUAGCGGCCCUAGCAUUGGAAGCGAUCGCUUUACAAGCACAAAACCUCAAAGAGGCGUUUCGACCGGAGCUCAUUGACGCACUCUACCCUACACUUCAACUUUUGGCUUCCAGCAAUAAAGACCUUCAGCGACAUGCUAUGAUUUGUCUCAACACCCUCACCAAGGCAUGCAGUUACCCUGACACCGGCACUAUGAUCGUUGAAAACGUCGACUAUCUCGUGAACUCAGUUGCUCUCAAACUCAACACUUUCGAUGUAUCGCCCUAUCCCCCUCAGGUGCUUUUCAUGAUGGUCAAACUCUGUGGUGCCCAGCUGAUCCCAUAUUUGGAUGAUCUCGUUGAUUCCAUAUUUGGAAUUCUCGAUAUGUAUCAUGGCUACCCAACGCUUGUCGAGAUGAUGUUCAAAACCCUGGCUGCCAUUGUCGAAGAAGGGUCGAAAAAAUCUGCCUUGUUGACAAUUGACAGCGGCCGUGAAGCGGGACCACAUGAAAGCCGCAAACCUCACUAUCAAAGUCUGGCUAUCUCAGUGGUGGCUGCCGAUAUUGCAAAGCGUAAAGCCAAACGCCAAGAAAUUGCAGGAGAGGACGAAGAGGUCGAGGGUAUCGUCCCUCACCCUCAAAAGCCUUGGUCUGAGACCUACGACAAACCACCGCCGGAGCCCGAAACAAUCGAGGAACUUUUGCAAAAGGCCGAAUCCGACGAGCCACUACCUCCACCAUCAGAGCCUGAAGAUGCGGAGAAACCGCUCAGCAAGACGCAUACCCUUCUUCUUCAUAUUGUCAAGUCUAUCCCAUCACAUAUUUCAUCACCCUCACCCUACCUCCGACGAUCGCUUUUGUCCAUGCUCAUCAAUGUGCUUCCAACACUUUCUCAAAAUGAGAACAGUUUCCUCCCUCUCAUUAAUGACCUCUGGCAUUCAGUGGCAUCCAGGAUCAUCUUUCCAUCUUCCUCAUCUAGUUCGUCUUCACGAUUGAUCAAUCGUAAGAGUGAAUCUACGAUGGAAUUGGCAAGUUCGACAACCAUCUCCGAUUCUCACACCGCGAAGGAAGAGACGUUUGUCAUCACAGCUGCUUGUCAGACAAUCGAAGCCAUGUGUAUCGGUGCCGGCGACUUCAUGGCUUCACGAGUCGAGACAGAGCUGCCACGAUGGCUCCGGCUUUACUCGGGAAUCUGGGACCAAGUCAAAAGAGAUGCCGCCGCAGCCAAUGAGCGGAGAGUCCGACAUCAAAAACCCAGUGAAGUGCUCGGGAGUGUAUCGGCACGUGGGGAGUUGAGAGAAGACAUAUCCGAACAGCCUGUUGUUCUGAAUCCUUCUCUGGCUAUUUCACCUCACGGUUCGGGAUCCAACACCUACGCCCCUCACCACACGUUGUGGAGAGCGUUGAUCUCUUUGUUCAUCACUGUUCUUUCACACGUACGGAUCCCCUUGGACACAGGGGACCAGAUUUGCGAAUUUCUUGGCUCGUGGCUUAUUCUUUAUGUGGGACCACAAUAUUGUCUGCAAGCGGACAAAUCAGCACGUUCUGGGGAGUCAUCUGCUGUGGACAAGGAUCUCAUUUCAUCUGUUGAGAAGGCUCUCGAUGCAAUGAUGACAUGGAACCCCGACUUGACCUGGUUCAUUAUGGCUUCUCAAAAACAGAAAUCUAACUCAUCCUCCAUUAACUCGUCCUCCAUCAGAAGAAAGGAACAUGCCAUCGAGGUUUCUGGCGAGAAACUUGAAUUCGCUGUGGUCACGGCCUAG